CUCAUCAGUCGAGCGGCAACGCGCCUGCGCAUCGCGCGCCAAGGUCAGCCGGCGAACUGUCAAAUAUCUACUCGCAUUUAGGUUAGAAACUCGAUUGUGUUGUUUAGUGUUACUGAACAAUUUAAAAGCCGUGUAAAAUAUGCGAUUAUAAGAAAUAUGCUAGUGAAGUUUAUAAUUUAACCUUAUACGCGAUCGGUGACCAAAUAAUGACCUAACACCUUGUUAAAAUCGAGGGGACAAGUGGACAAGGAAGAUUGGACUUUUCCUGUGUAGUGAUACGGUUUAAAACACUAUGGCGAAAUUUCGCAAAAGGAUAGUUCUAUUUACCUUAUUUGUGAUUAACUUAGUUGACCAGCCGGCACCUGAAGUGACCAUCGAACAAGGCAUUUUGAGCGGUAAAACCAGCACGGAUGGGUCGUUUUUUGAGUACGUCGGUAUUCCUUAUGCGACGACUAAUAGUAGCUCAAGGUUCAAGGCUCCCCUACCACCACCCUCUUGGGAAGGAGUGUACCAAGCCAUCGAUGAGAUAUAUCAAUGUCCUCAGCCCUCACCGAUUGGCAUCAUUGGAUCUGAAGAUUGUUUGAAAAUCAACGUAUAUGUACCAACACUGUCUGACAGCCCCCUCCCAGUCAUGGUUUACAUUCAUGGAGGAGCAUUUCUAAUUGGAAGUGGUGGAAAAUUUAUCUAUGCACCUGAUUAUCUAGUCAAACGUGAUAUUAUACUAGUUACGUUUAAUUAUAGACUCGGAGCUUUAGGAUUUAUAUGCUUGGGUAUCAAAGAAGCACCAGGCAAUGCAGGCCUGAAAGACCAAAUAGCGGCCUUAAGGUGGGUUAAGAAAAAUAUAGCAGCGUUCGGUGGGGACCCAGAUAAUAUUACUCUAUUUGGUCAGAGUGCAGGAGCGACCUCUUCGUCAAUGUUACUUGCAAGUGAAGCAACAAAAGGCUUAUUCCAUAAAGUUAUUAUACAAAGUGGCUCAUCUGUAUCCAGCUGGGCCAUCAACAGGCAGCCACUAUGGGUAGCUAGUCUAAUAGCGAAAGAACUCGGUUACAAUACCAAAGAUCCUUAUGAACUUUAUGAGAUAUUCUCUAAAACACCUUACGAAAAGUUACUCAAAGCUAAACCUAAGAAGCCCCUUGGUAUGUACUUUGAUACUCAAAUGUUGAACUACCCUUGCGUCGAGAAUGUUAUUUUAGGAGAAGAAGCUGUUAUAACAGAUUAUCCAUACAACAUUUUAAGUACGAAAUCUAAAGAUAUACCCGUCAUUUAUGGAACAAACAGUAGGGAAGGAUUGUUUUUGUUACCCGAUGAUUCUGAAAAAUCGUUAGCAGAAAGAGAUGCAAGGUAUAUUUUUGCGUCGGAUUUAGAAUUCUCGUCGGAAGACAUAGCAGCCAAUCUAUCAAAACAGUUAAAGGAAUACUACUUUGGUCAAGACAAAAUCAAUUUAGAAAACCUAUACACCAUAAGUAAACUUAAUACAGAGCUGUAUUUUGAAGCACCUGCCAUAUUAGAGUCACAAGCUAUUAUUAAGAUUACAAAAGCGAAUGUAUUUAAUUAUUAUUUUAACUACUCUGGUGGAAGAAACUUUCUGAAAUUCCUGAGUGGGUUUAAAAAUGAGGAGGGGGCAAGUCAUAGUGAUGAAAUACUUUAUUUAUUUAAAGGAAAAAUAUGGCCUUUUCCAAUAAGUGAGAAGGAUCAAAAAAUUAUUGACUGGAUGACAACUAUGUGGACCAACUUUGCCAAAUAUGGACACCCUACACCUUCAAAUGAAUUACCUGUUGUAUGGAAACCUAGUCAGAAAGAAGACGUUAAUAUGCUUUAUAUCGAUGAAGAAUUAAAAAUGGGUCCCAUCCCCAACCCUGAAGCAAAUAAAAUAUGGAAAGAUGUUUAUGAAAAGUACAGAAAAAAGAAUAAACCAAAUGAUUUUUGAACAAUAUUUUCAAUCAUUAUUCUACAAAUAAUAUAUUUUACAAAUGAAAUCGCUAAGUAAAGUGGCUGUAGUGACCAAAUUGAUUUUAAAUAAUUUUUAAGUUCAAAAUCAUUAUUUACUCUAUGUUUGUAAAAAUAACUGGUACAUAUUGAACGCUGCCGUGACCGUUUUAGGUAGCUAGUUUGAAAUUCACGCAACUUGGAACCUUGACGGUACAGAUUUUGGGCUGAAAAUUGUUCCAUUGCUCAGGAAAAGUGGCAAAAGAAUAGUCUUAUUAACUUUAUUUUUACUAGGAUAUCAGGCACCUAAAAUAAUAAUAAUCAGUAUUGCAAGUGAAA